UGGACUGCAUUCAGUUCGGUCAACAUGGCGGACGACUUCGAUAGCAGUGGUAGUGGCCGGGGUGGUGGAUUUUUCGACAGUUUCGGAGAUGGACCAAGGGAUUAUGGUUCGUCCCAUGGAGGCGGAAGACGGCGUGGUGGCGGAGAUCGUUACAGGGAUCGCGCACCGAAACCUCUUCCAAAGGAACCUCCAUUUACUGCCUUCGUCGGUGGACUUCCGCCGGAUACAGUCCAGGGAGAUCUUGAUAUUAUCUUCCAAGACAUCAAGGACAACAUCAGAAGCAUUCGUCUCGUAAGAGAUAAAGAAACAGACAAAUUCAAAGGCUUUUGUUAUGUUGAGUUUGAAGACCUGGUCUCACUGGAGGAAGCACUGACUUAUGAUGGGGCUAGAAUUGGAGAGCAUGGAAAAACAUUGAGAGUGGAUGUUGCUGAGGGACGUCGAGAUGGAGGCCGUGGUGGCGGAAGAGGUGGACAAAGAGGAGGCAGAGGUGGCUAUGAUGACAGACGUGGAAGAUAUGGAGGUGAUGGUAGGUAGUUUUACUUUGUUUUGGGAUU